AUUAACUUAGACUUAGACACACUGACACAGUAUGGCUGCUAAGGCCUAAAUAAGCUACAGUAUAGAUCUAAAUCUACUAUUCUACUUAGAUCUAGUAGUAUUAUUUAAAUUAUUACUUAGUCUAAAUUAAUUAUUAGUUUAUUUUCUAGAUCUAAAAGUAAAAGUAGGAAUAGCACUAGAUUUGAAGAUGAUACUAAAUCAUUAAACUAAAUCUAGAUCUAUCUAGAAAUAGACUUGGAAGGUGAUAGAUUAGAUUCUAGAUUUCUAUGUAUCAUUAUCAUUAUGUAAUAAAUUUAGUUCUCAAUAAGUUGAAUAAGUCUAUAGAUCUAGACAUUAAUAUUUAGAUCUAAUCUAGAUCUAUAAUAUUAUUUUUAUAAUCUGUGUUCUUAGACUUAGAGGACUUAUUAGAUGUAGGUCAAGACUAGUAAGUCAAAUGUAGACUCUUAAAUUAUUUUAGAUCUAGAACUAGAGACAACAUCUAGAGUUAUUAGAGUGAUUAGAGUAGAGCCCUAGAAAAGGAUAGAUAAUCAAGUAGAUCUAGAAUAAUCUAGAUCUAGUCAGUACUAGUAGUAACAAAUAAAAAUAGAUAUAGUAAAAUUUGAGUCUAGGUCAUUAGAAUACAUUUUAGUUAGAAUUCAUCAUUUAGGAGUUAGAACUAUUGAUUUCAAACAAAGGACAUAAUUAUGAAUGAAAGAGAUCUAGACUCUAGUACAUCUAUAAUACAAGUCAUUCGAAAAGAUGGAUGACAUUUGGACAAUGCUUGCACUGUCGUUGGCUAUGCUUAUUGGUUGCUACUUGGCAGGUGUAAUUCCACUGACAAUUUCUCUUUCAGAGGAGAAACUAAAGCUGGUAACAGUUUUAGGUGCUGGUUUACUGGUAGGCACGGCUCUGGCUGUUAUUAUACCUGAGGGUGUUCAUGCUAUGUACUCAAGCUUAGAGGGAGCCCAUGAGCAUGUUCAUGAACAUGCAAGGGAAGUUAACUCUAAUCAGGCUCUCAACAUUCCUGAAGAGAAAGACAUUCACAAAGAGAAACCAGUACAUGAAGACGCAGCACCUGCUCCUGAACAUUCCCACGAAAACAAGCUGGAGGCGCACUCUGUUAUUGGCAUUACCCUGGUCUCUGGGUUUAUCUUCAUGCUGCUCGUGGAUCAGAUUGGCGGAAACAUGCAUGCACAUUCUAGCCCUUCUGAGGUGGAGGCAGCUGGCCAUGGAGUGAACAGAAAUAAAAUUACAGCAACACUCGGCCUUGUUGUUCACGCUGCAGCUGAUGGUAUUGCAUUAGGAGCUGCCAUUACUCUUUCACAAACUCACAUCACGAUGAUUGUUUUUGUUGCUAUCAUGUUGCAUAAAGCACCUGCAGCUUUUGGUCUUGUUUCCUUUCUGUUACAUGAAGGGUUAGAUCGGUUGAGGAUAAGAAAACAUUUAGCAAUCUUUUCAGCUGCUGCUCCACUCUUAACAAUAGUCACUUAUCUGGUUCUUAGUCUGCAAAGUAAAGAAAAUUUGGCAGACAUACAAACAACAGGCAUUGCUAUGUUGUUCAGUGCGGGUACAUUUCUUUAUGUCGCCACAGUACAUGUGUUGCCUGAAAUAUCCGUCAGCCAAACUCAGCACAAGUCAGCAGACGGCACUGUCAUCAUCAGAGAACAGAAGGGGUUUAAAAUGACAGAAUUGAUAGCUUUAGUCCUUGGAUCUGUUAUACCUGUUGUUUUAGCACUGGGUCAUAAACACUAACCUAUUUAUUGAUUCCUGUUGUUUGUAGAUAUUUCUUUUUUGUUUUAACCCACAUCAUUACAACGUAUGCCUAGUGAGUGUUUGAAAUGGAAAAAUAGUUUAAAUGGAGAUGGUGUUUUUUUGUUACCCUCUGUAAACUAUGCGGAUGAAGACUGUGACAGCAGUGUCUAGAAAAUUUCUUGGGUGUAUGUAGACUGUGGCAGCAGUGUUUAGGAUGUUACAGUGUCAGUACAUUUCUUGGGUGUAUGAAGGCUGUGACAGGCAUUUUUUGGGUCUUUUUUUUUUUUUUUUUUUUUUUGGUGGUGUCUGUCACAGCUAAGGGGUCACAAAAUGUAGGAUGACUAUUAGCCGUUUUCUUGAAUGUCUGGGUUGUUGUUUUUUUCCCCCUUUUCUUUUAAAAUACAUUUUAGCAAAAAAUAAGAAUAGUCUAUUAAAUAGCAAUUUAUUUCAGCAUCAACCUCAUCAAAAGCUAAUGAGGUUUAAUACAGUUAAUUAGUUAAAUGUCAUUGGUGGUUUAUUUAGUUUGUGUAUGUGUGUGUGAGAGAGGGGGUGUGGGGUUGGUUGUUAUUUGUUGCAAUAAGAUGAUGUACAACUAAACAUGCCAAAAUGAAUCAAUGUUCAUAGUCCUGACUACACUUCCACAGUUCUAGUAAUGAAAAUACUGUUUUGGAUUUGGGAAGUUGAUGGUAGGACAUACAUGUUUCAAAUGUCAUUCAUUGAAAGUAUUAUAAUUGUUGAUAAAUUCAUUUUUUUUUUUAAAACUUCCAGUAGUCUUUGGGUGUAUGUGUGUGUUUGUAGAUUGUUGUUUUAUUUAGUGUGUAUAGAAACAUUUCUUUUCAAUAAUAUAAUUAGAAUGAGCUGUUAUACACUUUUUAAAGAACAUACUUUUUGAAUUGUCAUGAGUUAUUUUGAUUUACAUCCAAUGCAGAACAUUUUAAAAUAUUUGCUAAAAGCAGUCAACUUGUCAAAAUCUGGAACACCUGAAGACACCAGUUUUGACACAUUUGGAAGACAUACAUUUUCUCUUCAAUGUAAUCUACAUGUUAAAGAAAAUUACUAAGUCCCAACACUAUAUUUACAAUAGUAUCACUUCCAGCUGUUAACUAUUGAAAGAGAUUAGAUCUGUUGUGCCUUUCCAUGUUCAAACAUGACCUUGUUAUCACAUUUUCUCAUCAAUCCUUUGUUUGUUUUCAUGUCUCUUUCAAGUUUUUUGGUAUAUCUUCAAGAUCAUUACAAAACAAAAUUGAUGAUUUUCUUUUGUGAUGCCAGCUGGCUGCUUAUUGUUUCCUAAGUUUAAACAAAAAUUAAUGACAAUGUAGCUGGGGGCAUUUAGAGUAAAUGAUAAUUUCAAAAGGAAUAGUCUUUGAUCUCAGCUUUGGUUGAUAUUAAUUUAAAUUUCAUGUCAACGUAUUUACAUAUUUUGUAUUGACUUAUUUCAAUUGCACAUUGUAGGGACAUGUUAUAAAUAAAAAUUUUACUAAUUGGCUUACCUCACAAAACCCACCCACUCCCCCCUUUUUUUUUUGUUAACAAAAUAAUUUGUGAUUUAUUUAUAGCUUUUUAAAAAUAUAAUGAGGCCUACAUUUUAGACAGUGUUACUGCACAAGCUCAUUCUGCUUGUGUGUUAUGUUUUUCAGUUGUUUUAAUUGGCCCUUACAUUUCUAUAUGGGGCACUAUGUUAUACUAGAUAACUUACAGUUAGUCAAUAUCACUGAUAACCAUUGUGAGAAACAGAUUUACAGAGUUUUGAAAUAUGGCCUGGACCUGAGCUAUCCAAAAUGUAAAGAUGUGGACCUUGUAUUAAAACUCAUAACAAUUCCAUGAAAUGAUUUACGAGUUUUAGAAGUUAAACAAUGCUUAGCAUAUAAAAUUAUCUUAAACUAAACAGUUUUACUCAAAGGUUGGAAAAAAAAUAUUUUGGUUCUUUGUAAUAUAAUACAUAUUUAUUUCAAUUGUAAAUAAUUAUUUUGGUGACAGUGAUAACAUUAAAAGAUAUUUUACAAAUGUU